AUGGACUCUGCACUGCUGGUCUCAGCACUCAGCAAUGUGACUGGAAGGGCCCAAAGAAGCGAUAAACUGGCGGCUAAACCAUUCCUCGUCUCGUUGGCCAUAUAUGGAUGUCUCUUGUUCAUCGCAGUGUAUAUCUUUACAUUCCUUAAAGACAAGUACGCAAACAUAUUGUACGGGCAACCCUGUAGCCAGCCAAGAUGUGACGAAGGUAGAGACCUGGAACGACUGCAUGCGGGAAGGGUUGCGUGGGUUGGCCAACUGCGGAGGAUACUUGGCAACGAGGAAGGAAUGAUCGAGAAUCACGGAGUGGACAGCUACCUUUUCCUGCGAUUCCUUACCCUGGCUCUCAAGCUCCUAGUGCCUCUGAGCCUCCUCGCAGUGCCGGUCUUGGUUCCGGUCUAUUACACCGCGAGUUUCGACCGCCGGAAUUCCGGCCUGGAUCAAUUUGGGAUCUCUAGCGUGCAAAAGUCAGAAAGUCCUCGAUGCUGGAUGAUUGUUUUAGUUGUUAUUCUCAGCAACAUUCACAUAUGCCAUCUCAUCUUCGGCGAAGUUCGGGCAACCGUGAGAAUCAGACAGGCCUAUCUCCACAACCCUCAGCAGGCUAAGAGGGUCACCACGCUAACAAUAACGGGGAUCCCGCCAGAGAUGGCGAAUGGAACACUGAAGAGUAUCUAUUCCUUAUACAACAAUGGUCCAAUCCAGGUCAUUCGCCCAAGGAUGGAGUCCCGUGAGAUCAAGAAGACCGAACUUCGCGAGCUUUCCGAAGUCACAAGUUCGAGACGACGAGCUCCCUCUUCCAGGGGGAAGCGGAACACAUUUCGUCCAGCAGUUCCAGAAGCCGUGGCUAGCAUAGGGGAGAAGGUGUCCAGUAAGUGGCACAGUUACCGCUUACGAAGAGAGCUCAAUAGCGCGACAAAUGUGGCAUUGUUAGUCUUUUCGGACCUUUUCACCGCGCAUCUUGUGCUGCAGACCAAAAGCUCCGCUGGCCCUUUUCUGUUGAAGGCACAGCCUUUCGAUAGCAAGGAGCUAUCAGAAAGGAUGUACGCGGGAGACACCUUGCGCCUCACUCCCAUCAAGGAUGCUAUUGUCCGGAUUCUGCUGGACGCGUUGUCGAUAUUCUGGGCCAUACUAAUAUCCUUGAGCGGACUUUUGUACCUCGAGCCAGUUACCUCACGAUUAAACAAGUUGUCUGACGAACAGAUGGCCGUCAUACAAGGUUUAUUGCUACAGAUAGCGUUGUUAAUUCCAUUCACCGUCUUCCAACCGUUGUACACGGAAGUACUUAUCCAGAGACAUUAUUUCAUUUUCCUAUACGUGCAGGUGUUUCUGGUAGUGUCAGUCUCGUCCAGCGUUACGACCAUGGUCCCAGACAUUGUUCAGAACGUCCAGUCGGUCCCGCAAAUAUUAGCCGACAACCUGCCGAAGGCCUCUAGCUACUUCUACUCAUACCUGCUUCUACAAGCCCUUACACAGUCAGUUAUGGUGUUAUUUCGGCUUCCAGAAAGUCUCUGGAUACGCAUCCACCGCCAUGCACGCAGAUCACUGCCGAAGACCAUCCGAUGGAGCCUGCUCUAUCCAGUCCUGACGAACUUACUCUGCAUAUGUAUCAUAUAUGCCAUCAUCUCUCCGCUCAUACUGGUGGUUGGAGUGGCCGUAUUCGCCGUUCUGUGGCUUGUCUAUGUGUAUCAGGCAGUCUAUGUCCUGGACACGGAUGUUGAAACUGCCGGACUACUAUGCUGGCAAUCGCUCAAUCAUUUGUUUCUCGGCGCUUAUACAAUGAAUAUAUUUUUGGUUGGGCUUUUCGUCUAA